UUUUUGCCAUCUUAUUCGCCUGCCUUGAAGCCCAUUGAAGAAUGCUGCUGGGUGAAAGUAAAGAAUCAUGUUCGUAAAACGCCCUUAACGCCUAAGGAAAACCUUGCCACUAAAAUACAAAAAACCACAAAGAUUGUCCCUGCAAAAGACUGCCGUGGUUGGAUCCGUCACUCUCAGAAGCAUUUUGGUAGAUGUCUAGACAUGCAACAUAUAUAG